AUGGCAGGUGGCCUCGGAGUGACCCUUGUAGCCGCAGAAGUUGCAGAGGACGUCCUAGGCAAUGGAGGAGCCGGGAGCAGCCUGAGCAUGAUAGGCAGCAUUGUUGGUGGCUCCGGUACACGGCGGGUGGUGGUUAUGUUCACGGAUGAAGGCCUGAACGACAUCAGAGCAGCUGGGGUCGAAGCGGACAAGGGAGGAGGCAAACUCAGCAUAUUCUGGGCCCAGGGAUCGGAGCAUGGACAUGGCAGCAAGAUGGCUCCUGCUGCUGCCGCAGCCUUAUCUCUCCAUGCCACGGCCCCAGUGUUGUCUGAGGGUCUAGUUGUUCUCCCCCAGGGGGUGACCUUCUGGGUGCUGGUGGAGGUGCUGAAGGACAUAGGCCGUGGUGUAGAAGCUGUAGGCAGAAAGAAGAUCCCCGCUAGUCAGCCAGUCACUCGCUUGGUCUCCAAAGAGCGUGCCGACUUGCGAGCCCGUCUCCACACCCUCGAGGACGCAAAUCCAACGGAAGCAGCGUCGGCGAGUGUCGCGUCGCCCCAAGACGAGCCGAUGGAGUUGCCGGUGGAGGAGCAGGAGAUGCCAAAGCGUCCGAAGAGAGGUGGUAAGGGGAAAGGGAAGGGUCGAGCGUCGGAGGCCGCGUGGAGUAGUCGUGUGGAGGUGGUAGUGCCGCCAGUUCAUGCAGCGGGAGCGGUAUUGCGGAGCAAGAUGUGCUCCAACACGGAGGUCCACAGCAAGGUCUCCGCCGCGUCAAGCAAGACGGAGCUGUCGCUCCCAGACCUGGCCCCUGUGAAGCGGGCUAAGCACGAUGAGCCGGCCUCGGUCGUCGAUGAAGACGAUAUGUGGCAGCCGGAGGUGAAUACACCGUGCGUCCAGUGCAAAGUGGCGAAGAAGGGGUGCCAGCUGCCCAUCGCCCGAGGCAAGGCCACGGCCUGCUGCAGCUGUGCGCGCAGCAAGAAGCUGUGUUCAUUUGCAAACGCCGCACCGUGUGCCCCGACCGCUAGUGCCGCUCCACGUGCUCCGACAGCCAGCGCCGUCAUUCCGCGCCGUCAAGAGUCUCGGACCACCCGUCCCUGCCACAAUGAAGAUAACUUGUGGUCGGAGGUGAUGGAGGUGCAGCAGGCCUUGUGCCAGGGGGAGCAGUCCAACGACCACUCAUACCUCCUGGACGAAAUCGAGUGGAUUGUCGGUGGAUCGGAGGAGUGGGUCCAGGACGAGCUGGCCAACCUGCGGCGGCAGGUGGAGGCCCUCACGAGUCAGGUGGCGGAGUUCGUGGAGGGGUCGUCGAGGCAGGGCAGAUCAGAGUCGGAGGAGGGCGAGGCCGAAGAAGAAGAAGAAGGCAAAGAGUCGGAGGAGUAG